AUGGUUGCCGAGCACCUUACCCUCCGCAACAAUACCUCCACUCCAAUUGUCCUGAAGCGCAUUGAGCGCUUCCAGGCGGAGGAAAAGUCAUUCGGUGCCAGCGCCUUCAACACACUGGCUUCCAACUUCACCCAGGUCCUGACCAACCAAACCCGCAGCGCAUCCGUUGCCAUCAUCCACCAUGACAGCCGCCCCUUCGAGGAAAACCAUGUGGACAUCCACCUGGAGCCCUUCGAAACGAAGAAGACGGAGCUCCGCUCCUUCAUCGACUCGGAAAAGGAGCGCAUGCGUCUGAUCUUCGAAGUCGAAGGCCAAAAAUAUCAAAUUCAAACCCCAGUCCCAACAGAGGAAUCAGCAACCAUGAAAGCCCUAAGCGAGAACCCCCAAUUUCAAUUCACAGGCGUCUACGUAACCCCAGAAUCAUUCCUGGCAAUCUACUCCUCAGCAAACUUAAACACUUGGAUGCACGAGCUCCGCGACGACACCCUCGUCUCAGCCCUCUCAAUCCCAGGCACGCACAACUCCCCAACCUGCCACAUCGCACCACCCUCAGUACGCUGCCAAGCCGUCAGCCCGCGCGAGCAGCUCGAGAACGGCGUGCGCUUCUUCGAUAUCCGCGUGCAGCCCCAGUACCCAGAAGACGCAGCACGCGACGAGCUCGUCCUCGUACACAGCGUAUUCCCCAUCUCGCUGACAGGAAACAAGUACUUCCGCGACCUGAUGCGCGAAGUGAAUGAAUUCCUCGAACGCAACCCAUCCGAGACUCUCAUCGUCUCCGUGAAGCGCGAAGGACCCGGCAACGCAACGGACGAGCAACUCUCGCGCAUCUUGCACGACCACUACGCCCGCCCUGACAGUCGGUGGUGGGUGCGGCCCAAGAUCCCGACCCUAGGCGAAGCGCGCGGCAAGGUCAUCCUCGUGCGCCGUUUCAACCUGCAGGAGAAUCUGAAGGGCGAGCAUGGCGGUAAUGGAUGGGGAAUUGAUGCCGCGGCGUGGGCAGACAACACCGCGCACGCAAUGUGUCCUAGUGGCCAGCUGUGCAUUCAGGAUUUCUACGAGGUGAUGGAGAAGCCGAGUAUCGAGCAGAAGAUCAAUAACUUCUGGAAGACCAAUACUUGGCCUGAGAAGAUCGCUGCCAAGGUUAAUCCUGCUAUUGUGGAUUAUCUCUGUCGGCGGAAGCGGGAUGGGGAUGCGGAUUGCUCGACUGGUAUUCUUGUGACAGACUGGGUUGGUCUGGAUGGGAAUUGGGACCUUGUGCGUUGCAUUGUAGGUAUGAAUGCCAAGCUGCGCUUGAGACAGAAGUAG